AUGAGUGCAAUAGAGGCGGGGGUGAGCAAACCUGAAUCGGCUAUUUAUCAGAAGGCGAUGGCUGAGUCGGGGUUGUCACCGAGUGUCACGGCUGAAGAAACGAUUUUUGUUGGAGAUGAUUUUGUGAAUGACGUUUACGGACCAGCACAGCUUGGCAUUCGCACUGUGUGGUUGAACGCUGAUGGGAGGCCUCGUGAUAACGUAUGUACAUUUUCGGGGAAGGUCCGGGAGGAGGUUGAUGUGAGCGACUUGAAGGAGGACGUGAUGAUAUCGGAUAUUCGGCAGCUGCCGGAUGCACUCGAGAAAAUCAUGAUGUAA